GACAUGCUUUUGUCCGAAAGAGUGUCUGAGAAGCAGGAGAAAGCGUCGAGCUUCAUGCACCGAAUUGAGCCAUGCGUUCCCAGGGCAAUCAACGAACGGGCAGAUGGGGAGUGUCUGGGGGUAAAUCCAUGCUACGGCCUUGACGAGAACGAGACAUAUUUCUGUGACAACAAAUACGACAUCAUUCCCGAGAUCUACAACGGCAAGAAUGUUGCCGACUUCAUAGACCCAGAGAUACAGUCGAAGCUGCAGCAGGUGGUUAACGAGGAGUGCAGCUACUAUCUGAGGGAGUACGAUGUUAUGUCGCCUGAGGAAAGAAGAUUGUACGAGGACUGCAACAAUGCAAGAAUCCACGCCAACAUGAUGGCGCUGUUUAACAAGCGUGCAUCGGUGCCUGCACAUAGAAAGAAUCCGGCAAGACAGGCAGCAGAGUUUGACCUGGUAGAUCCAGCUCCGGCGAGCAAACACAUUGUUUCGGCGGCUCCGAAGCCGUCAAGAAAUAAGAAGGUCCAGGCAGAAAAACCAGGAAGGUAUUACGACUUAAAGCCCAGGCAUAUAUUCAGGCCGGAAGGCAGCAAGCACAGAAAAUAA